AUGCAUUUUCAAGAAGAUAUCAAGACGUUGACGAUCAGGAAAGAAAGGGAUGAAAGGUUUGAGAUGCCAUCUAAACAUUCCGUGAAAAAGACAAGUCAGUUGUAUCGUCUUAAUCCAUUUUGUGAUUCUCAUGGUGUUUUGCGAGUUGGAGGUCGGAUCAAGCAUGCUGAUAUUCCCAACAACGUCAAAUUUCCAAUCAUUCUACCUCGAAAAACUCACGUGACGGAAUUGGUAAUUCGCUAUUAUCAUGAAAGAGUUGCUCAUCAAGGACGUGGUCUAACGUUGAAUGAGAUACGAAGCAAUGGUAUCUGGAUCAUUGGAGGAUCAUCUGCAGUGGCCUACAUGAUAAGUAAAUGUGUGACAUGUCGAAAAUUAAGAGGAGCUGCUCAAGAGCAAUUGAUGGCUGACCUACCAACAGAUAGAUUUGAACAAGCUGCACCAUUCACAUAUGCCGCUGUUGACUAUUGUGGACCUUGGUAUAUUAAAGAUCGUCGUAAAGAGCUGAAAAGAUACGUCGCAUUGUUCACAUGUAUGGCUUCUCGAGCAGUACACCUUGAAGUCUCGAAUACGAUGGACACAGACUCAUUUAUUCAAGCAUUAAGACGUUUCAUAUGUAGACGAGGUCCCGUUCGUCAACUAAGAAGUGACCGAGGCUCAAAUUUUAUUGGUGCCCAACGAGAACUACAAGAAGCGUUAAAGGUGAUGGAUGAUAAGAAAAUCGGUGCUGAACUGUUGAAGUCAAAUUGUGAUUGGGUCGAAUUUAGAAUGAAUGUUCCAAAGGCAAGUCAUUUUGGUGGGGUUUGGGAGCGCCAAAUUAGAACUGUCAGGAAUGUCCUAAAUGCCCUAAUGCGAAGGAACAGCACUUGCUUAGAUGAUGAAUCUUUUCGCACACUGAUAUGUGAAGUUGAAUGUGUUGUGAACUCCAGACCUUUAACUGUCAACACUUUGAACGAUCCUGAUUCCCUUUCUCCCCUUACGCCGAACCACCUACUGACUAUGAAGACGCAAGUUGUUUUACCACCGCCAGGAGUUUUCCAGAACAAAGAAUUAUAUUCAAAGAAGAGAUGGAGAAGAAUUCAGCAUUUUAUGAACGAAUUUUGGGCAAGAUGGAGAAAGGAGUUUCUUCAUUCAUUACAAAAAAGAACAAAGUGGAACAAGCCUCGCAGAAAUCUUAAGAUUGGAGACAUAGUCCUACUGACAGAUGAAAGUGAGAUUCGUAAUAAUUGGAAGCUCGGAAAGAUUAUCACUACUUAUCCUGAUGAAACUGGUUUGGUCAGAAGUGUUGAACUUGUUGUUGGUGAUACAAGCUUGGAUGAUAAAGGAAAAAGGCUUAGAGUCCCUUCAAUGUUAAAGAGACCAAUUCAUAAACUUGUGCUUUUGGUAGCCAAUGACUAA